ACUAAAGUUCGGCGUCCGAUCGUCGUCCGUCCAUCCGUGUCACAAAGGAGGACACGCUCCAGCUAGUAGUGCCAAACCACCGGGGGUUGCUCUCUCUCCCCUCUCACGGUCGUCGGGCGUUCCACUCAGCGCGCCGGCUUGCACUCAGCUUUCUGGGCCCACUCAGCCCGACCGCUCAGCUGCUUCUGCCUGAUCCAAAAAGGCAGCCCUAGUGGCCAACCCGUGCCAGUGUGCUUUCAGUGUGAACCAGUGCCUCAACGCCAGCAGCAGCGGUGUUCUCCAAACGGAACGGAACGCCGUAAAACCAAGGAUUCAGCUUUGAUCCUUUUCUUUUUUUUCUAUUCUUGCUUAAGCCUGUCGAAACGAUCGAACCCUGUGUGAACAGUGCGCCUUAGAGUGUGUGAAAAAACAGCAGUGUUGUCGGUGGAGAAGUGUUUCUUCGGAAACGGAAAUUCGGGAAAAACAACCGGGAAGAAAGUGUACGAGCUAGUGUGACUUAAGUGCCAACAAAGACAGAACUACCCACACUUCUUUGUGCUAACCUACCGCUGGUUGCACACACACGCACGGGAGCAGAGGAGCACAGAACAUGGUGAAAUUUAUAGCCUUAAUUGGCGCCCUGGCCCUUGUGGCUUCUGCCACGGCCAGCGUGCGAACGAAACGACAGUCGGAGGGCGAGAAGAAGGAAGAGUCAUUCGAGAAAGAGCUUUGCAAGGACAAAGACGCCGGUGAAUGGUUCCGAUUGGUGGCCGGCGACGGCGACAACUGCCGUGACGUCAUCCAGUGCACAUCGUCGGGCCUGCAAGCGAUCCGAUGCCCGGCCGGUCUAUUCUUCGACAUCGAGAAGCAGACGUGCGACUGGAAGGACGCCGUCAAGAACUGCAAGAGCAAGAACCGCGAGCGCAAGAUCAAGCCGCUGCUGAUCACCGACGAGCCGCUCUGCCAGGACGGAUUCCUGGCCUGCGGUGACGGUAGCUGUAUCGAGCGAGGCCUGUUCUGUAACGGCGAGAAGGACUGUAACGACGGCUCGGACGAGAACUCGUGCGACAUCGAGACCGACCCGAACCGGGCCCCGCCCUGUGACCCGGCCGUGUGCGUGUUGCCCGACUGCUUCUGCUCCGAGGACGGCACGACGAUCCCCGGCGAUCUGCCCGCCAAGGACGUCCCCAUGAUGAUCACGAUCACGUUCGACGACGCGAUCAACAACAACAACAUCGACCUGUACAAGGAGAUCUUCAGCAGCAAGCGCAAGAACCCGAACGGGUGCGACAUCAAGGCGACGUACUUUGUCUCGCACAAGUACACCAACUACUCGGCCGUGCAGGAGACGCACCGCAAGGGACACGAGAUUGCCGUGCACUCGAUCACCCACAACGAUGACGAACGUUUCUGGUCGAACGCCACCGUUGACGACUGGGCCAAGGAGAUGGCCGGUAUGCGUAUCAUCAUCGAGAAGUACGCCAACUUGACCGACAACUCCGUGGUCGGAGUCCGUGCCCCGUACCUGCGCGUCGGAGGAAACAACCAGUUCACCAUGAUGGAGGAACAGGCCUUCCUGUACGAUUCGACGAUCACCGCUCCGCUGUCCAACCCUCCGCUAUGGCCGUACACCAUGUACUUCCGUAUGCCCCACCGCUGCCACGGUAACCUCCAGAGCUGCCCGACCCGUUCGCACGCCGUCUGGGAGAUGGUCAUGAACGAGCUGGACCGGCGGGAGGAUCCCACCAACGACGAGUACCUGCCCGGAUGCGCCAUGGUGGACUCGUGCUCCAAUAUCCUGACCGGUGAUCAGUUCUACAACUUCCUGAACCACAACUUUGACCGUCACUACGAGCAGAACCGUGCCCCGCUUGGUCUGUACUUCCACGCCGCCUGGCUGAAGAACAACCCCGAGUUCCUGGACGCGUUUGUGUACUGGAUCGACGAAAUCCUGGCCAACCACAACGAUGUGUACUUCGUCACCAUGACCCAGGUCAUCCAGUGGAUCCAGAACCCACGCACGGUCUCCGAGGUCAAGAACUUCGAGCCCUGGAGGGAGAAGUGCGUCGUCGACGCCAAGCCUGCCUGUUGGGUGCCCAACUCCUGCAAGCUGACCUCCAAGGAAGUUCCCGGGGAGACCAUCAACCUGCAGACCUGCGUGCGUUGCCCCAACAACUACCCGUGGUUGAACGACCCGACUGGCGAUGGAUUCUUCUAAGUCAGCUCACACUUCCAAUUUUAGCCGUUUUCCCUAGAAAAUUUCUAGCAACCUUUUUACAAUUUUUCGCUUGACUAUUUUACGUUUCCACAAUUUUUAAAAACAAAACUAUCGUCUAGCCCCUCGUUUGCCCACUAUUUUUAACAUAAAUCGAAAAAAAGAACAAGACUUAUUAAACCACUUCUCCUGCUCUCACUCCACUCUUAAAAAAGCGGGAAGAUCGGUGUCAUUACGAAACAAUGUUCGACGGCACGCGAACCACCAACACAAAAGAGAAGCGCGUCUCCACUCUCUCUCACACAAACACUGCCACCAUCGAAAAUCUCUCGCGCAACAAAUCAAUUUCUCUCUCUCGAAAAAGUCGCGAAUGAGAGACGCGCUCGCGCGUGCCACGUCGUCGAACAAGCCAACAUCAACACUAUUACUACUACGAAGAGAUUGAGAGAGCGAAAGAAAAAAAACAUGCUGUGGAUAUUUUUGCGUCGUUUAUAAUUUAAUUUAAAAAAUGAGAAACAAAAUAAAAAAGGCAAAAACAAGUUAGCGGAAGCCCCCUUAAUGUUAUUGAACGCGGAGGAGAAUGUUUAUAUUUUUUAAACGUAAUUAUUUUCAAAAAAGCGACAUUUAAUUUUAAUUACUCUGCCUUUUACUCCUUUCAAAUUAUGUAUUUUUUUUAAUUUGUGUAAAAUGUAAAUACUGUGCAACUGCGUAAUUUUAAGUGACGUGAGGAGAAUGCAAACAAAAUUGCGAGAAAGAAAAAAUGAAAAUCAACUACAACAACUUUUUAUUAGCACUUUGACAAGCGAUACGUUAGGGUUAGCAAGUGUAAUGCAUUCCUCUCCCCUAAAAUCGGCUCAGAACUAUUGCUGCAGCACUUUUAACAAUUCCUGAAAAAAAUGACUUUUACUUUAUCGAGAAAAAAAAUAUGAGAAAAAUUAAAAAAAGAAUAAAAUUUUAAAAAAUAAAAACAAAUCAUUUUGACCACAAUCGUCGAAAGACUUACUGCGAACGAGUACAGAGACACAAAACUCAAUCUAGAGCGCGGAAUUUUCCGCCACGUGUACCGUAAUUAGCAAUAAAUUUAAAUUAAAUAAAAAAAUUAAAACCACA